AUGAUUGAAAAACAAGCCUCAAAGUGCCGGUCGAUCCUUGCGGCAGACGAGCUGGGAACCCUCGAGGCUACGAUCUUAGACACUUCACGGCGUCACUGCAAGUUACGUGAUGACCAGCUGUCGGUUAAGUUCGAGAAAAUUAGCCCACCGAAGCAACCUUUUUCUGAUGGGGGUCUGAUUCACAACUUGUCCUCCCAUUCUCUCGCUCCACAACAACAGGCAAUUCUAUCCUAUGACACAAAAUUCAGCACGAGAGACGCUCGCCCAGAAGAUUUUAUUGCAUCUUUCAAAUCGGCGCUCCAGAAAGGCGAGGCAGGUUAG